AUGGCAACAGAAAUUGCUAAUCUCUCAUCCAAUUCAUCUGGAGUUAUAGUUGUGGAUCCUAAAAUAAAUUCUGUAGUAGCGGUUGGUUAUGAUGAGACCUCUGAUGGAUCUGUCAGACAUGCCGUGAUGGUAGCCAUAGACAAUGUUGCCAAAUCUCAAAGGGGCGGAGCAUGGAAUACCAGUGAAGACUUGGGCUCACAAACAGAUGAAAAUUUCACAUUAUGUGGUAUUCCUAAAAAUAUUCUUGGUAAAUUGAAAGAAAAAUUCAGAGAUACUUCUUUUGGAGCAUCUGUUUUCACUCCCAAAAACGGAGAUCCUGAAGGGCCUUAUUUAUGCACAGGUUAUGAAGUGUACACUGUGAAAGAGCCAUGUGUUAUGUGCGCUAUGGCUUUGAUACAUAGUCGUGCGAAGCGAGUUUUCUACAGGACGCCUAGUGCAAAAGGGGCUUUAGGAAGUUUGUGCAAGAUUCAUACCAUCAAGGAUUUGAAUCAUCAUUAUGAAGUUUUUAUGGUAACUACUAACGAUGAAAGAGGAGUGAUGUGA